UGGGAGGCCGCUGAAGUUGGUCCUAUCAGGAGCGCCAGAGCUCUUUGCGGGCACCAGGCUGUGGGCGGGGCCAGGGUUAAUGGUUCCGGUUCUCCUGCCGCCCCUCGGCUCCUCGCCUCCCCCCUCCCCUCCGCCUCCGCUCCUCCCUCCCGCUCUGGGGAAAGAGAAGCGGCUGUGGGUGGGUAAGAAGCACUCCGCGCGUCGGGGAGGGGACCGCGCCCGCCUGGUUGGAGCCGCAGAGCUCGGCGGGUCCAGGUUACAAAACAUCCUCCUAUGCAUAAGACCUACACACCACAUGUCCUGCAGGAACUAAUCAAUGGUUUUUCAUCUCCUGGAGAUACAUUAGAAACAUAAAUAUGGUGCCAGAAGAACUCCUCAUCUUUCUCUGACUGCGGUUUAUUGGACACACUUUGGUGCUGAAGGGAGGUGUACACACUGUGGCUACUGGUACAGAGACUGUCGUGUAGGAUCAUGGACCAUCCUAGCAGGGAAAAGGAUGAAAGACAACGGACCACUAAAUCCGUGGCACAAAGGAGUGCACACUGCUCCCGACCGCCUGGCUCCUCGACAUCCUCUGGGGUUCUGAUGGUGGGACCCAACUUCAGGGUUGGCAAGAAAAUUGGGUGCGGGAACUUCGGAGAGCUUCGAUUAGGUAAAAAUCUCUACACCAAUGAAUAUGUAGCAAUCAAACUGGAACCAAUAAAAUCACGAGCUCCACAGCUUCAUGUAGAGUACAAGUAUUAUAAACAACUUGGCAGUGCAGCUGAAGGUCUCCCACAGGUGUACUACUUUGGACCAUGUGGAAAGUACAGUGCCAUGGUGCUGGAGCUCCUUGGCCCUAGCUUGGAGGACUUGUUUGACCUCUGUGAUCGAACGUUUACUUUGAAGACGGUGUUAAUGAUAGCCAUCCAGUUGCUAUCUCGAAUGGAAUAUGUGCACUCGAAGAAUCUCAUUUACCGAGAUGUCAAGCCAGAAAACUUCCUGAUUGGCCGACAAGGCAAUAAGAAAGAACAUGUAAUACACAUAAUAGACUUUGGACUGGCCAAGGAAUACAUUGAUGCUGAAACCAAAAAACACAUAGCUUAUAAGGAGAACAAAAGCUUAACUGGAACUGCAAGAUAUAUGUCUAUCAACACGCAUCUUGGCAGAGAGCAAAGCCGGCGAGAUGAUUUGGAAGCCCUGGGCCAUAUGUUCCUGUAUUUCCUUCGAGGCAGCCUACCUUGGCAAGGACUCAAGGCUGAUACCUUAAAAGAGAGGUAUCAAAAAAUUGGGGACACCAAAAGGAAUACUCCCAUUGAAGCUCUCUGUGAGAACUUUCCAGAGGAGAUGGCAACCUACCUUCGCUAUGUCAGACGAUUAGACUUCUUUGAGAAACCUGAUUACGAGUACUUACGAACGCUCUUCACAGACCUCUUUAAAAAGAAAGGCUACACCUUUGACUAUGCCUACGAUUGGGUCGGGAGGCCCAUUCCUACUCCAGUAGGGUCAGUUCAUGUAGAUUCGGGUGCCUCUGCAAUAACUCGAGAAAGCCACACACACAGGGAUCGGCCAUCACAACCACAGCCUCUUCGAAAUCAGACUGCAUCAUCAGAGCGCCGAGGAGAGUGGGAAAUCCAGCCCAGCCGGCAGACCAGUACCUCGUACCUGACGUCUCACUUGGCUGCAGACCGCCAUGGGGGAUCAGUGCAGGUGAUUAGCUCAACCAAUGGAGAGCUGAAUGUUGACGACACGGCAGGAGCCCACUCCAAUGCACCAAUCACCGCUCAUGCUGAGGUGGAGGUAGUGGAGGAAGCUAAGUGCUGCUGUUUCUUUAAGAGGAAAAGGAAGAAGAAUACUCAGCGCCACAAGUGACCAGUGCCUCCCAGGAGUCCUCAGGCCCUGGGGACUCUUGACUCCAUUGCACCUGCAGCUCCUGCCAUUUCUCAUUGGAAGGAACUCCUCUGUGAGGGAGGGUGGAGAUCCAAACCAAAAAGAAGAAAACAGAUGCCCCCAGAAGGAGCCAGUGCUGGCAGCCAGGGCCCCGGGGUCAGGGGCUGCCCCUCCUGCCUAAGCUCUGGGCAGGUCCCGGAGCUGCUGCUCCUGCACCGAUUGCCCCGGGGCUGCUUGGUAGACCUCCUUCCCAUUGUUUACAGUGAAGGUGUCAUUCACAAAAACUCAAGGACUACUACUCUCUCCCCUGCCCUGCUUUACUCCUGGUUCUCAUCCCGCCCUCAGCCCUCUGCUGCAUAAAAGCUAGUGAGCUAAAGGCUUUGUGUACGGAGGGCUUCCCAGGGUGGGUACGGCCAAGGAGCUAGGAGGAAAAUGGCAGGCCCAGGCCAGCGCUGGAGGAGAACCGUCUUUCUGCACCUCCCCGUGUGUCUGCAGCAUGGCCGCCUCUGCUCCGUGCCUGGGCAGCCUCCGCCCAGAUGGCCGCAGGGUUCAGGUUCCUUCCCCCUCCCCUGUGAAUUUACACUGUAGGACACAAGCUGUGAGAAAUCUGCAGUCUACUGUCCCCGUGCGGUGGCAUCCUUAGCUUUCUUGAUGAGUGAGUUCCUUUCUCCAGGCAGUGAUGGGACAUGCAAAUUGUUCUGAGCAGAGGAAAGAAAACUGACUUUAUUGCACUUUUAGUUGUUUUUUUUAAAACAACAUGGCAGAUGCAUAUUAUGUCUAGUUAUAUUGGGAGUCUUAUUUUUUCUGUUUUGAGGGGUGGGCCAGCCAAGCCAUUCAGACAGGAAAUGGGUCCAGAGGACAUUUUCCACGGAAGGAGUUUGAUCUACAGCACCCGGAAGAGAAGAAGCCAAACUGUCAUUCUGAGUAUAUACUCGGGUUGGCAAAGAAACAUACUUGAAUUUUCCUUUGUCUUCUCAGCUGCUGAAGAAUGUCUCUACCAGAGCCUCUUGACCUAAUCCUCCUGCAGUUCACAAGCCUCGCCCUCCGCACAUGGGGUGAGCAGCGAGCCAGACAGUGACCAAAAGACAGCUCACCCCACGGAAGGGGAUGCUUACCACAAAAUCCGAAACGUUCUUCUCACCGCCAGGGAUUUCCUAGUAGAUAAGUCCUGUGAAUUUCUGGUGACUUUGGGGACAAACUAGUGGCUAAAUAGCCACCACUGUAUUGCCACUAGUGGACAAAAAGUGGAUAGUGACUCUGCCUUCCAACUGCCAGAGAAGCUUCAGCUCAGCGUGUGGCGUCGUAGGGCCAGGAAAAGAAAGUCAUUGUGUGCCAUCUGCCCUAAGAGCUAAGCUGUAGCACUUGGGCUGCUUGCCUUAUCCAAAACCAGGCCCGUAGCGUCCAGACCUAGGGUCACGUGAAUAGGAGCAUAGGAGGUUGGUGCUGGGAAAGCUUCACCAAAAGGUCUGAAGUUACCUUUGUAGUUGGACAUAACUUGGAGAUAAGAUGGCCGUGUGUUAGACGUGUUUUCCCCGGGGUACCCAGCACUCCUGCCGUGGCGGCUUCACAAGAAGCACCGCUGCGAAGCACUCUGGCUCCUCGUGCAGUGUUUGAAGUUAGUAAUGUCUGGAGUUAGUCUUCUCAGGCUCCGUUUUCAGUUGAGGGGCCUUGCCAAAUAAUGGCUUCUCACCCCGGUGUGACAGAGGAGAAAGGAUCGUGUACGUCAGGGGAAGAAGUCCUGUACCUAGGAACAGAAGGCUGACCUGCUGACCAUAGCUGACGUAGUCUGGUGGUUGCGGGAGCAUAGAAGUGUUGUCCCUGGCUUGAGGCGUAGGGCUGGCUGUUGGGCUCCAGGUGGGCAUACGUUCUGGUUGCUGGCGUUUCCUGACAAGUCCGUGUUGUACUGCAGGUGAAUCGGAAAUGCAGAUGUAUCAGAAUCACCAGAUUCACCUGUUCAUGGAACCCGGGCUUGGGAAAAUCACUUCACUGGCUUCAAACCUGCUUAGCUUAUGUAAAGGCUGCAGUCUGCCAUUUCUUUAAAAGAAGUAUUUUAGUAUAUGAAACCGUGGCAGAGAGAGGCAGUGUCGCACCCCUUCCUCACAGGGACUCUGCCUCUUGGGGUGUGCUUGCCUGCCAGUACCUAAUGGAUAAAGCCCAUCCCUGAAAUUUACAAAGUCUCGCUUGGCAUUUGGGCAACUCUUAACUUCCUAUGAAGAAAUUUUAAUUUCCUCAUCCCUGUAUAGAAAACGCCUUGCCUUUCAAGGGAGGGCAGGGGAAAUAGUGGCAAAGCCUGGAGCAUCCGGGCUCACUGUACCCCACCAAGUGCCUCCCCACCCUGCUUCCACAAGAAAGCAAAGGCAGUGAGCGGCUUGGCUGCAGGGCAGGCUGCCUUGGGGCUGGGUUUGUGACCUUUUUUGUCUUAAAAUUUUUAUAGGCUAGCUCUUGAGGGGUUGGACCUGAGCAGUUGGGAGGUGGCUUCCUAAUGCACUAUUCUCACCCUCCAGCCCCCCACCCCUAGUCUUUUACUAGGUGUUUGGCUUUCAUAGCAAAGCUGAGGAGCCCCAGGCCCCUUUAGCAUGUAGGGUUAGAGGUGAACCUUGCAAGGCCGUUGGCACUCCAAGAUGGUCUCAGAGCUGAGAGAUCCUAUUACAGUCUUACAGUUAACCUGCCUGCCCCCCAGGAAAAAAACAGGACCCCGCAACCAGCAUGGUCAUCUGUCCCAGCCCGCCGACACAUCAGGCUGCCCCUUCGGCCCUGUUGAUGCUGUCGCCCGGCUGUGUGCCCCAGCCACAUCCUGGGGACAGCCACUCCCUCUCACCCCACCCAUAGUCCGCUUACUCUAGUUUCUCAGCUUGCUUCAUUUCACAGCCGUAAUGUCUGAGGAUCAUUUUCUUUGGGAUUGAUGCAAAUUUAAAGCAACUUCUGCAUCUUUGCAUUUUUAAAAACCCUUAAGACAUUAGGGGUUCUCUGAAGCGCUGCCGUCUGUCAGAUGUUGCACCAAGUGGACGGGGGCCAGCAGGGCCGGGUGCCGCGAAGGCACGGACGUCUGCAUUUGUGACGAGACCUGGACUUGGGCCUUCGCAGCCUUCCUCUGCAGGGCUGGGUCAGUGGCUCCCCAAGGGUGACGGAUGUCCCAGCAGCCGGUGUGCAUUCAUGACUGCCUUAAUGAACAGUGGUGUUUGGCUCUGUGUAGGAAGAAACGAGGUGUAGGAAAGUGUGAGUCGGGUGACAGGGGAAUCCAUUUACUUUAGAACGCAGUGCUUCAGAAGACAGGUUGAGGUGUCCAGUAGGAAAACUGAUGAUUUCCUGUUUAUUUUCAGUUCAUUCCAAGUACAUAAAAACAGUUCCCACACCUGACCAGACGGCAUCCGCCGCCUCCAAAAGGAAUUUCCCGCGAGGCCGUGGAGGUGCGUGCUGGGAGUGCUUACUCGGUGACCCUUUCCAGUGCCGGGAACCGUGCUGACCGGCAGAGAGGCACACCGACGUCAAGUUCUGUUAGGCGGUUACUAAUGACCGUAGCCUUAACCAAAGUUUUUGGUUUGUUUUUUUUGUAACAUAAAAGAUAUCUUUCCCCUGCCUAGUGAACAAGCAUGGCCUGCAUUUCUCAAAAAUAAGAAUUUAGACAGCAUCUCUUCAGCAGAACCGGUCUGUCCGAUGCAUCUCUCCGAAGCCUAUGUGCUUCCUGUGUCCCAGCCACCUCUUCUGUGUUCACAUUAAGCCAGUUGUCCAUUCCCGUCACGUUGCCUUGACAGUGUGUCUCGUGUCAGAGCGUGCUGGGGGUGGAGUUUCUCAAGUUGGGAGUUUGUGGGGCCAUUCAGCCAACAUUGCCUUUGCCAGGCCACUGCCACCAGCCCCACCACUGCCUCACGGUGGGCAGAUGAAUUCCAGAGACCCUCAGGGAGCCGGGAUAACCAGGUACCCCUUCUGGAUGGGCCGUGUUGGUGCCAGGCCCUAAUGCCCCGAGUUCUUGCUGUGUAGACCCCGGGGAAGCCCCACCUAGAGGUUGGUGGUCAGUAACUCCCAGGAUUUCCCGCGGUGAGUCAGUAGGAGUCAGGUCGGGAUUCUGUUCGGUGUGGGGGUUUAUUGGGGGUUGGUUUGUUUCUGUGUAAGAAAAAGAAGAGGCAGGUGUGGCCCUUCUGAGUUUGUAGGAUUCUGAGCAGUGUUUAGCCACGAGUCUUGGGAGUCUUUGAUCCAGUAAGCAGUCUUACAAAUGUUUUCCUCACUCCUUUUGCACAUGACUUAAGUGCAGAAGAAUGUUUCUCAUUGUAUUCACAAUAGUGCGUAGGUCCCUGAAUAUAGACAGUAGUACAGUAGUUGACAUAUUUUCUGAAAAUGAACCAGAAACCCCACUCCAGUAUUUGUAGAUUUCCUACAAAGGAAAAAGCGAGCGUUGUACUCCAUCCAUUUCUAGUUUGAUUACCAACCGAUGUUACCAAGAAACCUCAGUUCGGUGGACAGAAUCUCUUUUUUUCUCUUUUACUGAAAGUAACUUUUCCGGUGCCAUCACCCCCUUGAAGGUCUCAGAGCAGAGGAUUAUCCACAGUAAAACGUAGGAGUGCAGUGCAGUCAUCCCGCGACCUUAGGCCAGAGAGGACUGCUGUCAUAGCUGCAUCCCAAGUCCCUCUUUCAGGGUAGGUGUGACAUUUUCAGUGUUCCUCUUCGCGAGCUCCAGGCCAGCCCUACGCCAAAAGCUUUUUUUAGGCUUGUUUAUUAUCUGUCAGGAAUGUCUCAGGAAAGAUGAGCCAUUUCUUUGGGGGGGAUGCAUUUACAGAUGGAUGGGUGUGUGUGUGUGUGUGUGUGUGUGUGUGUGUGUGUGCGCGCGCGCGCGCGCGCUCUCCUUUGUACAUUUCACUUUGAUAAAAACUCAUGGUAGGCUGUGCGGAACCAAGAGUUCCUGAGUUUUACUUGUCACAGUGACAAGCGAGCUUCUCAAUCAGCGUCUUAGCCAGCUGGCUCUUGGGGUGAGCCCCAUUCAUCAAGGAGAGAGAAGAGUAACAACAAGAGAAAGAGGUGAAACCAAAAAUACUCGAAAUCCCCCCAAUGGAAAGUAACGUUGAUGCAGCAGCUCCCAUUGGCUACAUUACAUCCUCUAAUUUAUUAUAUUACCCUUUGUCUGUUUCUUUAAUCUUUGCCCGUUGUACUCUUACAAAGAUGUUGGGAUGUUGAUUGCAAUUUUUUUAACUAGAUAAUGUAUAAAUCAGUUGUGGAAAUCAGUUUUAAUUGAUGUGUGGAUGUGUCUGAUUAUUAAAUGCCUUUUUAAAAAGAUAUGUAAUGUUUCGUAAACCCCGGCACUGGUCACAAAGCUUAGCUGUGAAAAUGAAAUUUAUAGUAUUUUUAAACGUGAAUGUCAGUUUGAAGUUUAUUUGAAGUGGUUCCUCCAGGCGAGAGAUUAGUACAUCAUAGGGGAAAACUCUGCAGAGGAAGUAGCCGCCUUUGUAGGAAGUGGAAAAUGGGACCUGAUAAUAUCUCAGAGUAGCCCAUUUCCUAGAGCACCAUGGAGAACACAAAUGUGAUCUCCUGAGUAUACCUCUUCCCCAAUUCGGGGAGGAACAGGACUCAGUUUGCACCCUUUUGUAUGUAAAAUAAAAUGUCUUACCUUUCUUGGCUA